AUGCCCUCAAAAACCUCACCCCUCACCAACAUCAAAGCCCUCCUCUUCGACGUCUUCGGCACCGUCGUCGACUGGCGCUCCUCCGUCACAGACGAAAUCUCCCUCCGCAUAUUCCGCAAACUCUCUUCUCAAGAAAACCCCCUCCCUGCUACCUUGAAAGCCCGUCUCGAAGGUCUCACGCAGAAGGACUGGGACCGCUUCAUCCAGGAAUGGCGGGACUCGUAUAGUGCCUUUACGAGAUCUUUCAACAAGGACACGGACCCCUGGAAGAGCGUCGACGAGCAUCAUCAUGAUAGUCUCGUCGAGCUCCUUGAGAAAUGGGAUCUUGAGGGCCUCUUUACUGAGACGGAGAUUGAGAGCCUGAGUCUUGUUUGGCAUCGUCUUACUCCGUGGCCGGAUUCUGCUGAUGGCCUUGCGGAGCUGGGACGCAGAUAUGCUACCGGCACGCUAUCCAAUGGAAACACCAGCCUCUUACGCGACCUCGCUGACUUUGGCGGGCUUUCUUUCCACAAGAUCUUCUGCGCCGAGACGUUCAAGGCUUACAAACCGGACCCGGCAGUGUACCUCGGCGCCGUGCGAGCGCUGGGCUUGCAGCCGGAGGAAGUGGCCCUUGUGGCGACGCAUCUCGGGGAUCUUCACGCCGCUAGGGCUUGCAGCUUGCGGACAAUCUACGUCGAGAGGGAUAGAGAGGAGGCGUGGGGGAAGGAAGAGGAGAGAUAUAUAGAGGCGAAGAACUGGGUGGACUUGUGGGUGACGGAGGGGGAGAAUGGGCUGCUUACCGUUGCGGAGAAGUUGGGGGAACUGGAGUAG